UCUCAUCAAGAGUCAGGAUCUCGACCGACUAUCAACAAGCCAAGAUCGAAGCCUUGCCGGCAAUGGUCGAGAGGCAUGCUGCGAUGCAACAACCCAGGAUGAUUCUCUGCUCCAUGUAGCAUGGGACAUUUUCCACCUUACUUCCGUCUCAGGACUCUAUCCUGCUGCAGUCGACUACUUCUCACCGACGUCAAGCUAGUAAGCCCGAACGGAGAUUGCGGGAGCUCUGCACUAAUCUCACGUCGCGCCACACACCUGGAUACUCAGCUGCACGCGGUACCUUCAUCAAUAGCUGGACCUGGUCAAAGGAUUAUAGGGCCAGUAGGUGUGGGUCUCACCUGGUACCGAGGGAGCCUUGAUCUUGGUCUUGUCACUGAUGAUGAACGGGCCGCAGAUGUGCCAACCUCCGCGGCUGCAUGCCAGGGUGGCGUAAUCGGGACCUCGACCCAAACGUCUGGCUUCAGCCGUCACAGGCUGUGCGUCUGUACAUCAGCGCAUCGGUCUGGUGAUCAUAGCAGCUCGCCUAAGGAGUCGCUCACGUCUAAGCUCGUGCUACACAGCCUUCGUCGCCCGCAGCAUCAGCUUCAUAGUGCCGUUGCAUGACUUAACGAGGUACCCGGCUCAAAGUACCAGAUAUCGUUUCUGAGCCAUGCCCAUUUGUGCGCUCUGCAGUUUCAUGGCCACCAACAA